GCCCCGCGCACGGCCCGGGCGGGCGGCGGAGGAGCCCCCGCGGGAAGCGUCUCCCCCGCCCGAUGUGGCGCAGGUCGGUGCCGAGCCGCGGGCAGGGAUUAGAGGAUGGUUCAUGAAGCUGCGCGCCGGCUCGCCGAGCGAAGGGGCCGUGCCGGGGCUCGCCCCGCCGCCCGCCCGAGCGGAGCGAGGGGUUAGUGCGGGGAGCCGCGGGGAUGGAGGGCCCGGGCGGGGCCGACUGGCGCCUGGCGCUCUGGACGCUGUUCUCCGUGCUGCUGCCCGUGCUCAUCACCGCCUGGUGCAGCUUCCAGCGGUCGCGGCGGCAGCUGCUGAUACGGGACAUCUUCCGCAAGAGCAAGCACGACUGGCACUACACGGACCUGUUCGGGCAGCCCUCGUACUGCUGCGUGUGCGCCCAGCACAUGCUGCGCGGAGCCUUCUGCGGCUGCUGCGGGCUGCGCGCCAGCGAGCGCUGCCUCAAGAAGGCGGACCAGCGCUUCCUCUGCAAGGAGAUCAUGACAAGAGGCGCCGGGGCAGCCCAAAGCUCCAUCCCACACCACUGGGUCAGGGGCAACGUCCCCCUCUGCAGCUGCUGCGUGGUGUGCAAGCAGCAGUGCGGCACCCAGCCCAAACUCUGCGACUACAGAUGUGCAUGGUGUCAGUACACUGUGCAUGAUGAAUGCAUGGUGGAUUGUUUAAAGACUGAGGAGUGUACAUUUGGAGAAUUCAAAGACUUAAUUAUCCCACCCUACUAUUUGUCUACAAUCAACCAGAUGCGAAAAGAAAAAAAAACCAGUUAUGAAAAGGUGGUACCUUACUGCAGAAAACACUGGAUGCCAGUGAUCAUACUGGCAAAUACUCGCAGUGGGAACAACAUGGGUGAAACUUUACUUGGAGAAUUUAAAAUGCUGCUGAACCCCGUUCAGGUUUUUGAUCUGAGCAAAAUUGCACCUGCUAAAGCCCUCCAGCUCUGUACCUUGCUGCCUUGCAACGCUGUCAGGGUUCUUGUUUGUGGUGGGGAUGGCACAGUGGGCUGGGUCCUGGAUGCCAUCGAUGAAAUGAAGAUAAAGGGGCAAGAACGAUAUAUCCCACAAGUUGCAAUUUUACCUCUGGGAACAGGGAAUGACCUGUCCAACACACUGGGCUGGGGGGCAGGUUAUGCUGGAGAAGUCCCUGUGGAACAGAUCUUACGGAAUGUCAUGGAGGCAGAUGGAAUCAAACUAGACAGAUGGAAGGUUCAAGUAACAAACAAAGGAUACUACAACUUAAGGAAACCAAAGGUAUUCACAAUGAACAACUACUUUUCUAUAGGACCUGAUGCUCUCAUGGCUUUAAAUUUCCAUGCUCAUCGUGAGAAGACUCCCUCUCUGUUUUCCAGCAGAAUUAUCAAUAAGGCUGUUUAUUUUUUUUAUGGAACCAAAGACUGCUUAGUACAAGAAUGUAAAGACCUUAACAAAAAGGUUGAGCUAGAGUUGGAUGGUGAGAGGAUCGAGCUGCCCAAUUUGGAAGGCAUCAUUGUGCUGAAUAUUGGAUACUGGGGAGGUGGCUGCAGGCUCUGGGAAGGAAUGGGAGAUGAACCUUACCCCUUGGCAAGACAUGAUGAUGGACUUCUGGAAGUUGUUGGUGUUCAUGGUUCUUUCCACUGUGCCCAGAUCCAGGUUAAACUGGCCAACCCUGUUCGCCUGGGGCAGGCACACACAGUGAGGCUGAUCCUGAAGAGCUCGAAGAUGCCGAUGCAGGUGGAUGGAGAGCCCUGGGCCCAGGGGCCCUGCACAGUCACCAUCACCCACAAGACUCACGCUCUGAUGUUGUACCACUCGGGGGAACAGACGGAUGAUGACGCUUCCAGCCUGUCUGAGUAGGACCCCGGGACAGAGCAGAUGGAUGAGGACAGGUAGAUUUCAUGGAAUUCAACGUGAGACAGCGAGGAACUUCAGCUCGUUAAAACACACCUGAUCUAGAGUGAGGUUUAUGUCGUAAAGUUCAUACUUGUGAAUGAACUAGAGCUGAGGAAAAAGCCAUGCUUUGACACUUCUGAAAACUUUCACAGCUGAAUUACCACAACUGAUUUGCCUUUUACAUUGGUGAUGAUGCCCUCCAGCCUUUCUAGCAGGAGUGAGUUACUCUAACCACUCAAAAAGGACAGAUGCUGCAGCCCUUCCUUGCUGUGGAAUCAGACCUUCUGCACAUACACAGCACAGUAUGUGGAUGUUUCUUACCCUUGGAAAGGGGAACAGCUGGGAGUCUGACCUGCUGCCACCUGCCCUCUUUCUGAGAACAGAAAACCAGACCAAGUAGGAUGUGGGCUGAUUUCCUGACAGCAACCUGCUCCUGACUGCCACCUCUGCUUGGGAGCAAGAGAAAUAACUGUUUGUACAGUGCAUUUCUGGUUGUUCUCUGAGAGAGUGGAACAUCUGGGAGCUCUUGGGAAGGUGGUCAGCAAGAAGAAGAUGCUUUUGGACCAAAGGUUUCUGGAAAUGUUCUGUCAGUGAAUGACCUUUUUCAGUGGCUUUUUAAGCCAUAAAGUACCCCUGGCAUCCUGAGUAUCCAAGAUACAACUCAGAGUAAUUGUACCAUGACUUGCACUGAAUGAUCCUGUAACUUGACUCUGCUUCAGUUCAGUGAGAGACUAAUGCUAGUUUUUGUAAAUAACAGCAUCACAGUUCUUGGGGAGGCUUUUUGGAGGCAAACUUGGACAAGGAGCAGCCUUUUUUGGCUGUUCAGAGGGAAAAGUUUUGAAGAAAUAAUGAUGAUUGACAAAUGUGGGGUAUUUUUUAAAGACUUGUUAAAGUUCUUGGCUUGUAAUUACCUGAGAAUGCUCAGUAGUAAAUCAGUCUGUUAGCUGUGUCCGUUUGAAGUGUGGAGGUUGAGAGCUGAGUUUGCAGAGGUUGGCAGGUUCUUGCAUUCCUGUGUAUUAAUUGGAUUGUGAAAAAAGCAUGAAAGCAUUUGUUUUCUGACUGGCUCUUAGGGAGUCAAAGACACCUUAUUGGUACCUACAAUUCCCUUAUAAAUAUAAGGUGAGAAAAAGAUGAAUGGUUGAAGGUUCAGAACACGUAAACAGUACACAGGGACUGUCAGUUUGGCCUAUCUGAAGCUUCUCAGGUUAAAGCUUCUCAGGUGAAAACAUCUUCAUGGUUAACAAAAGCAAAAACCUGCUUCCUUUUCCCUCUUCUGUUGUAGGCAUUUUAAGCCUGCAGUGGGUGAGAGAUGAAUUGGGGUUUAAAAUGUCAGUUUAGUCCAGUUCAGUUACUGAAGGUGCUCUUCCAAGUAAGAAGAGAAUUUAUGCUGCAUAAGCCAAGAUUGUAAGAGAGGUUGAGAACUCUGGUCUGAACUUUAAAUGUUGCUGCUUUUGUCAUUAGUCCCCCAUGUUUGUUUGUUUUUUCUCUGUGCUUACAGGAAGUGAAACCACUGGGUAAAGUAGGCUGUGUUUCUAGGUUUUUUUAAAAUGAAACCAUUUUUCAGCAAUCUGUAAAAUGAUGUUUUCAUUAACAGUGAACGAACUAUUUAUAUUUUAAAAUAAUUUAUUGAAAACUUGGCAAAGUCAGUAUUUUUAAAACCUUCAAUUGUAAUCCUCUUUGGAGAGUGUUUUUAACUUGAUGGUAUUCCUUGUAGAACGUGUAUGUACUAGAACUUCAAUACUACUGAUUCUCGGUGAAUUUAUAGCUGUCUGAAAAUGUGAUUAGAGUGUAAUGAGCUGUAAACAGAAGCCAUUUGUAAAUUCCAUAUUCAUUAGCCUUAUACACCUCAUUUUAAUUAUUUUAUUUUAUGUAAAUAUAGAUAAAAAAUAGUAAAUCUAUGUAAAAAGUGUUUAAAAUACCCUAAGUAUAAUAUGUUAGAUGAAUCCACUACCUUUUUUUUUUUUUUUCAGUUACGAGGUUCAGUUUGUAUUAGCAAAAAUCCUAGCAGUUAAGUUAUUUUAUUUCUUUUUUUUUAUAACUUCUUACCAUCAGCAUAUGCUCUGGUUCUUAUGUAACUGUUGUUUACAAACAAAUGACAAGUCUCUGGAAAAGCAGGGUGUGUACUCUGAAAGGCAGUUUUUGCUCAAGAGAAAUGACACCACUGGCUACUUUAAACUAUUCAUGAUGCAGUUUAAAGAGUUACCUGAAGUUGAUCAGGUGAUUAUUCAAAUUAGUUUAUAGCCUAAGAACUUUUAACUGUUCAAAAACUUCAGUCUUUGGGCUCCUGACAUCUAAAAGAGAAAUAAGUGAUGCUCAGGCUUUGAAGGCUCCUUGUGUUGCUGUAGGUGAACAGUGAGUUGGUUUCUCUGCCCCAGUGGGUGUUUGUGCAUCCUCCCACUUACUGCAGGUUGCUGGGAGUCCAGAAACCCUCUGGGAAAAGUAAAUCCAUCAUUCCUGUUGGAGAAAUGAAGUGAAAGUAGCAUCUCAUUGGGUGCUUGUUUGGCAAAACCCCCUGGUAAACGGCCGUGUUUGUGGAGGUGAAGUUUGUGUCUCAGAUGGUGAUGGCAGCAAAUGUGGCCAUGGUGAGCACGAGGAAGCCUCUUGUGAAAUUGUAUUUAUGACUCUUUAAGGUUGAAAUGUCCAGUUCCCAGUGGGCCAUGGG